GAAAGAAAAGUGAAACACACAAGGAAAAAUAAAUGGAAUAUGAACACCAAAUUCUUUUGGUUUGCAAACAAGGUGCAUCUAUCUCCAGAAUCAAAUCUCUUGUAUCCACCACCAUUCUUAAUGUAUCCACUUGGACACAAUUUUAUCACCACCUAUGCAUUUGCUGACAAGGAUUUCAUCUUGCUUUUCCAAGAAACAAACAUGAGGAUAUAAUUGGAUAAACUUAAUUUUCACAGGCUGUGGCAUUUAGUACAUAUAAACAAUAGCUAAAAUGUCAGGGUUGCCUUCAGAUAUGGCUCUAUACAAGCUUCAAUUAAACAAUUUUACUGAAGUCACCAUGUUUAUAUUAAUGGGCUUCACAGAAGAAUUUGAUGUGCAAGUCUUCCUAUUUUUAUUAUUUUUAGCAAUCUAUCUAUUCACUGUAAUAGGCAAUUUAGGGCUGGUUGUACUGGUCAUUGGGGAUUUCCGGCUUCACAGCCCAAUGUACUAUUUUCUUGGUGUUUUAUCAUUCUUGGAUGCCUGCUAUUCUACAGUUGUCACUCCAAAAAUGUUGGUCAAUUUCCUGGCAAAAAAUAAAUCUAUUUCAUUUCUCGGAUGUGCAACACAGAUGUUUCUUGCUUGUACUUUUGGAACCACAGAAUGCUUUCUCUUGGCUGCAAUGGCUUAUGAUCGCUACGUAGCCAUCCACAACCCUCUCCUGUAUUCAGUGAGCAUGUCACCCAGAGUCUAUGUGCCACUCAUCACUGCUUCCUAUGUUGCUGGCAUUUUACAUGCUACUAUACAUACAGUGGCUACAUUUAGCCUGUCCUGUGGAUCCAAUGAAAUUAGGCAUGUCUUUUGUGAUAUGCCUCCUCUCCUGGCUAUUUCUUGUUCUGACACUCACGUAAACCAGCUUCUACUCUUCUACUUUGUGGGCUCUAUUGAGAUAGUCACUAUCCUGAUUGUCCUGAUCUCCUGUGGUUUCAUUCUGUUGGCCAUUCUGAAGAUGCAUUGUGCUGAAGGGAGGAGAAAAGUCUUCUCUACAUGUGGAACUCACCUAACUGGAGUGACAAUUUAUCAUGGGACAAUCCUCUUCAUGUAUGUGAGACCAAGUUCCAGCUACACUUCGGACAAUGACAUGAUAGUGUCAAUAUUUUACACCAUUGUGAUUCCCAUGCUGAAUCCCAUCAUCUACAGUUUGCGGAACAAAGAUGUAAAGGAGGCAAUCAAAAGACUGCUUGUGAGAAAUUGGUUCAUAAAUAAGUUAUAGUUUUAAAAUUGAGUAAAGUUGCAAAUAAUAUUGGGUGUCAGUCCACAUCUCUAUGGUCAGAAAGUAGAGAAGAAAAUGUGUUUCUUUUAGUUAACAGUGCUUGUAACUUCUAGAAUAUUUUCAAAUAAAGCAUCAAUCAGUCUACUGAUUCACCAUUUUAGAAAUAUCAAUAUAUUGUAUCGUAUAAAAUAUGGCUUG